AUGCCAAUCUCUUUAAACUGUGUUACUGAGGAUGAAUUAAAUAAAUUGGACGAAGGAGGAGUUGAUCCUGUUUUAUAUAAGGGCGAUGAAAUUAAAUUUAUAUAUAAUAAACUAAACUUAGGUAUAGGAAAAUUAUAUAUCUUAGAAAAAAGAAUAAUAUGGGUUCCAAAUAAAGAUGAUAAUAAUAAAAAAGAAAAAAUUACAGAUUUUAAAGAUAUAACAACAAAUAACAUAUAUUUAAAUCAUUAUGAAAAAAAUAAAAGUUUUUAUAUGCAUAUUCUAAAUGAAGUAAGUAACAUUACUAUAGACUCAUCAAGUAUUGCCCUACAUGCAAUUACAUCAGAUAAAAAAAUAUGGGAUGAAUCAUGUGUAUACAUACAGUUAAAUACAGAAAUGAAUGGUACUGAUAUGGAUGAAGAUGAAAUGGAUGUUUAUACAAAAGAUAAAAACAGUUUAGAAAAUGAAGCCAAUGAUGACUUAGAAAUAAAUAAUUCAGAUGAUGACGAAAUGCUUAAUCGUGAACCAAUUACACCAGAAAUAUAUCUCGUAGGAAAAAAUAAUUUAGUCAAUGAUACGAUAUUUAAACAAAUGAGUAACAUGGAAAACACAUUUAAUGGAGAUCAAAGUGACGAUGGGGAAUGGGAAGAAAACGACGAAGAUGAAGAGGAUGACGAGGAUGAAGAGAAUGAAGAAAAUGAAGAGAAUAAACCAUGCGAAGAUGGAUAA